UGCUACCAUUUGCUCCGCAUCAUGGCGUCUAAGUUCCCAGGAGAGAGAGAUGGAAAGGUCAAGCUACACCCUAGAAAAGGUCAUGACAUGACAUGGUCAUGUGACAAACACGGGGAGCCAAUUAAAUUUUACUGCAAAGAACACAAAAUCCCCGUAUGUCAUCCAUGCGCUACCAAAGAGCAUUGCCACAAACCAUGUAAGCUAGACGACAUCGAGGAUGUCAUCUUGGAGAGGAGGAGGAAACUGGAUGACAAGCAGCAAGAGAUAGAGGAAAUGAAGAAACAACUAAAAGCACUCUCCUCUAAACUAGAGUCUACUUCAACCUUUGCAAGUAACCAUUUUCAAGCAGUCAACAAUGAACUUAGGAUGGCAUUCGACGACAAAUUAAAGAUUAUGAAAGAAAAAGAGAAACGAUCGAUUCGUUUGAUCGACGAGGAGGUGGAUAAAGAAAUACAAAUAAUUAACGAAAAGAGGGAAACACGGAUCAAAUCAUGUCAGGAAGAAGCAGAACAACAACAACUACCCAUCAGAGAAAGCCAAGCUAAAUUCGAAUCAGAAACAAAGGCAAUUAGCGAGGUGGUUGCUAAAAAGAUAGAAGAUCUCACAAGUGAGAGUCAGCACGCAAUCAGCACUAUGAAUAAUGUUGACGCCAAGAUCAAACGAAUCAAUCAACAUGACAAAACAUUGGUGAAUGAAGAUCCUCAAGUGCUUGCAUCCCUAGAUGAAAUUUUGAAUUUGAAAGAUGUUAGCGACUGUCUUGACCGAAUUCAGGGUGAAGUUCAGAGAUUGAAGUUUGUAGAGGGUGAAGUAGGUGGGGAACACUACGGGAGAAUUGAUGGCUAUAUCGGUAAAUGGGAGCUUGUCAAGGCAAUCCACAUUCCAUCGAUUGUUAAUUGCCCACGGGUGCGUGGUUUGAUCAGUGAUGAUGAGAUAUGUGUGCGGGACGUAAGGAACCAUAACACGUAUGUUACAAAUAUCAGCACUGAACACACACAGAAAGUCAUUGAAGGAGAUUGUAACAUGAACAUUACAUCAUUCGCCCCCAUAGACAGCAACGUUAUAUUAUGUGGUAAGUGGAGACGAGGCUUCAAGGGUGUCAGCUUGGAUGGAUGCAUCACUCUCUAUGACAGACAAUGGAAGGUGACUACAGACAUCGGCAUACCGAAGAAUAACCGCGAUACUGCAUGGGUGUAUGUUGAUGUUGACAGGGGUGGGAUGAUCCUCGCUGCUCAGAGCGAUCAGUCUAAUAUCUACGUCAUCAACCCUGCUGAUGGUAAGAUAGUAAACACCAUUACGAUGCAGGGCAAGGAGGUGUGGGGUGAGAUACAAGCCUUGUCAUCAGGUGAUAUCGUUGUGAAGACAUCUAAUAACGGAUACACUGUCAUCUCACGAUCUGGGGAUGAGAAGGCUGUCAUACACAGUGCUGAGUGGUGCGCGCCACAGUGUCGAGUUGACAAACUAACAGACACACUCUACAUCACAUACUGGGAUGGUGAGCGUUCUAUCUACGCAGUUGAUCAGGUGUCAUGUGAUGGUAUCAUCCAGGCAAAGGGGAUCGUGGACUACAAGAAAUCAGUCCGAUACUCCAUCGGUAAGCCAUGCCUCAUAACUCUUUCUGGUAACCUUGAAGCUUGUAACGGAGACAAGAUUUUUGUGUACAAGAAGAUAUUUAUUGUAUAAGUCAUCUGAAGAAAUCGUUGUUAUUCCUCAUACUGCAAAU